AACAGACAUCCGUUUUGCUCCAAACAGGGUGGGUUUUGGAAAGUCAUGAAAUGACUAAACCUUGGUCCGUCAGUGUCUAGUUUAGUUUUGGAAAGAAAUAAGUGAGAGAAAGUGCAUCGACCACUUAGCACACCCCAAAGACCCAGAGGUAGGAAAAUAAACGAAUGACAGAAUAUGUUGCUGUACGGCCAUUUAUUAAGCUCCCCACACUUGGAACCGAGCUAAGCUUCGUGCCAAAUGGAUUAUAUGCUCAAAAUCGCAGCAGGAAGUGUUAUGCUGGCUGUCGUACAGCUAUGCAGGCCAUCCACAAGUCCGGUAGCUUCUGCUUCACUAACUUGAAAAUAAAUCAUUAUCAGAAGGCAAAUCACGUGACGCGUUACUGUUUGGGGACUCUAAUGAGCACAGCUGGCGAUUCUUUUGGAUGGAUUCGUGUAACCGAUCAAGCGCUUCUCAUGACUAGUAUUUUUCUUGCAUAUAUGGCUGUAGCUGUACCGGCUGACGGGCCAUUUUUAGGUUCUGGAAAGAAAAAGUUGAGUGAUGACGUGGCGCCCGACGGAACUUCCUAUUCUGGUAGUGCCAUGAAGAAUAACAAGGAUGGUGAGAUUGCGUUAGAGUUCUCGUGGGAUACUGUGAAACGAAAACUUACGGAUUCUAUAACGGCUAUCGAAAAUGGGACCAAACUUGAAAAAGAAGUUAUCGAAUCAGGACAAACUGCUAACCAACCUUCAAGUUUGUCUGCCAUUGCAGUGGGUCCCAGGUUUCGGUUGAUGUGGGCUUCCUUUAACUGGCUUAAAAAUGAGGUAGACAAUAUCUUUAGAAGCACUUCAACCGCAGACUUAAAAAAUCUACAAACAGUUUUCUCUGAAAUCCUACAGAGAUCUUCACUGUCUAUAUGUACUGAUUGGCUGAACGAAGAGCUUUUGUUGAGGAACAAGAAAUCCAUCAAGGAAUUCACUACUCCUCUAGUUGAGAAGUUAAAAAGCGACAACUCUGUUUUACAAAACAUUAAAAAGUCAGGCAAGGAGGAUCUAUAUUCCGAGCUAAUUUACAUUCUUAGAUUCGGUUCUAUCAGCGAAGGAUGUUGUUAUGAUAAUGAAUUUUUUGCUUCUUGGGGGGUUUAUGUGUUGGAAGAUUUGGUCAUCACGUUGGCUGACGGAAUCGCAAGUAUUUAUUUGGAGCUAAUUUCUGUAGACAGUGACAUGUCGAAUGAAGUGAACAGCCUAGGUUUGAAUUUGUGUGACUUGUCUACCCGAGCACUUCAGAGGUUACGGAACGAGGUGUCACUGAACCAGUGGUUUGUUCAGAACAUGGAGACCGUUGCAUCUAUGUAUGAGGAUCGGUUUGACCUUCGUAUACUCCAAAGUCAACCCGUUACAGAAUCUACCAACGGCAAGACUGAAAAGUUUGGUUGGUUGAAGAACUUUAGCCUAGGGAAAUCUAGACCGUUGGUGUCUCCUUUAUGUGCUGCUGUAAUCAGCUCUGUUCGUGUACCUGUCAAGCGGACCAAAGAAUUAAGGGCUCUCGUGGGUUGGAGGUACUACUUUAGUCUAUACCUUGAAAUGGCUGAUAUUACAAUGCCCUUUGUAAGGACACUUGUUACCAAAAUCAGCGAUGCCGUUUCUUUCUUUUUGGUUUGUCUGAUAGGGAGAUCAUUAGGACUCAUCUACACUGGUAUAAGGCAGUCAUUGAGGUGGAAGUAAGCUCUCAUUUAUGCUUCUUUUUGACAGUUUUAAUGAUUUAGAUCAAGGACAAUGUAUGCAUGCAUGCAAAAUGGAAUCCUUCAUUUUUCAUUGAUUUGGCUUUUGAACAA